CCAAUUUUUCUAUACAAAAAAGAAAUUGGAUCGGAUCAAUCUUGGAUUCCUAAUAAUAAUUUAUCCCUAAUUUGAUCUGGAUCUGAAUAUCAUUUAAUACCACCAAGCUGGGUAUUAGCUGGACUAUAGGUUUCAUUGGUCACAAUUGUUUAUAAAUAUGAAUGCAAUAUGAACGUUGAGAAGCGAGUGAGCGAGAGAAAGAAAAAACAAUGGAGAAGAUCGAGCACACGACGGUUUCCACCAAUGGCAUCAACAUGCACGUAGCUUCAAUCGGUUCAGGACCAGUGAUCCUAUUCCUCCAUGGCUUCCCCGAUCUCUGGUACUCAUGGCGCCACCAGCUUCUCUCUUUUGCUGACUUAGGUUACCGCGCAAUCGCUCCUGAUCUCCGAGGAUACGGAGACUCCGACUCUCCCCCGUCUCAUGAGUCGUACACCGUACUCCACAUCGUCGGAGACCUCGUCGGGUUGCUGGACUCGCUCGGCGUUGACCAGGUUUUACUGGUUGGUCACGACUGGGGAGCCAUCAUCGCGUGGUGGAUGUGUAUGAUAAGGCCUGAUCGAGUCAAGGCGUUGGUGAACAUGAGCGUUGAGUUUCAUCCGAGGAAUCCUUCUGUGAAGCCUGUUGAAGCGUUUAAGGCUUUGUUCGGCGAGGAUUACUACGUCUGCAGGUUUCAGGAGCCUGGAGAUAUUGAGGAAGACUUUGCUCAAGUUGAUACGAAGAAGUUAAUAAAUGGUUUUUUCACCUCGCAUAGCACACGCCCACCUUGCAUUCCAAAGUCAGUUUUCAAAUAUUUACCUGAUCCACCUGCUUUACCUGCUUGGUUCACCGAGCAAGACAUCUGUUUCUAUGCUGACAAGUUUAGCCAAAAGGGCUACACUGGUGGGCUAAACUACUAUCGCGCACUGAACCUAAGCUGGGAAUUAACGGCUCCAUGGGAUGGUCUACAGAUCAAGGUCCCCGUGAAGUACAUUGUGGGUGAUCUUGACCCUACAUACCACAUCCCCGGAACAAAGGAAUACAUACAUGAAGGUGGUUUGAAGAAACAUGUGCCAUUUCUACAAGAAGUGGUGGUAAUGGAAGGUGUUGGUCACUUCCUGCAGCAAGAGAAGCCCAACGAAAUCACUGACCAUAUCUAUGGUUUCUUCAAGAAAUUCUGAACCGGUGAAAUCAAGUUCUGCUGAGCUUCCUCAAGGGUGCUUUCUUGGUGUGAGCUUCUACUUGCAAUGGGAUUUGAAAUGAAAGGAUAAUGUGUGUAUUUUUACUUGUUUAGUAAUUCGAAUUUAUAAAACAUUUGUAUCUCAAUAAUCAAUUCCGACUUGUUCGGAUCUUGUCUCUGAAAAUAAAGUUAUCAGUUAAUCCGAAUCU